AUUCCACAGAUCAGCUAUGCUUCAACAAGUGCAGACCUCAGCGAUAAAACCAGAUUUGAGUACUUUUCUAGAGUUGUGCCCCCUGACAACUACCAGGCGCAAGCGAUGGCCGACAUUGCUCGAGCUUUGGGUUGGACAUACGUCAAUACUUUAGCGGAUUCGGGAACUUACGGAGAGAAGGGCAUACAGGCGUUUGUGGAAGCGACCAAACAUACUGGAUUAUGCAUUUCUCGCUCGGAGAGUAUUCCAAGAAGUGCAGACGAUGCCAAAAUGACGACCAUCUUGGAAAGCAUGUUGUCUGACGAGAACAACGCGAGAGCUAUCAUGAUGUUUGUUAACGAGGAUAACUUAAGGCGUGUGGUUCGAGCAAUCAGCAAACUCAACAAAACAGAGUCAGUCUACCUACUUGCUAGUGACAGCUGGGGUGUCAAAGUUCUGCCCGUCUAUAAGCAGGAGACAGCUGCCGAGGGUACAGUGACCAUUCUACCAAAGAGAAGCUUUGUACCAGGUAUUUUACAUGUUUUUACAC